AAUGUCAGUGCUUGUUUGUGCGCAAAGAACGUGGGGUGACUGUUAAAUAUAAUUGUUAAUUAAAUCAAAUAUUAUUAAGUUGAAAUUGGAUUCAAGAUGAGGAAUUUAAUCCUCAUAGCCGCAGUAACAACAUUAGCGGCUGCGAGACCGGAAUUGUAUAAAGAAAAAGAAGAUUUUCAGUAUUCUAGGAGUUCUUCUGAUGAAGGUACAAAAUCCGGAUAUUAUGACGCUCAGAGAGGGAAUAUGGGUGGAAAUUACGAACGUGCUCAUAACAUGGAUAACCUAGCACAACACCAGAUGAGUGGGCUUGUUCGACAAGUAGAAGGGGAGCUUGGAGACGGAUCGAAGACAAGGACUGGAAGUGUUUAUUCUGCUGCAAAUAGUAGAGGCAUUUAUGGAUCUGGAACUUAUGAUAUCGGAAAUCUACAGGGUCGUAACUUUGAAGAAAAUGGAGCUUAUGGCGAACAGCAAUCACACAGUUCACUAUCUAAUUCUGCGUAUAGGCAACGAUUAUCUUCCAACUCACAUAGGCAUAGUAAUAGCUAUAGCAGACAUGACAGUUCCCAACAAUCAGAACAAGAUAUUGAAAGCAGUCGUAUGCAAAAUUCUCAUAAUACUUAUGAACGGAGUGAAUCCGAUAGAUAUGGUCAUUCAUCUGGUUAUAGAAAUAAUGGAAAUGCAAACAAAGUAUAUGAACAAGGAAAUUCCGCCGCAUACGGUCAAUCAUCCAAUUACAGAACAAGUCACAUUGAAAAUGCAAAUGCUGCACACGAGCAACAAGAAUCCGAUGCAUACGGGCAAUCAUCCGAUUACAGAUAUUAUCCACAAAAUAGAUUAAUAAAUACAACGCCCAUGAGAAUAAUGAUCAGACCUGGAACUAAAGUAAUCUUACCAGUUGCAUCAGAAACUUAUGACGGUAGUCAUACUGCAUCUUCUUAUGAUGAUAGUAAGACUAGAAGCGAAGCUGAAGAAUUGGCAAGUGGAAGCCAACAAAAAAGUCAUCGUUAUCCCAACAAUAACAAACAUUACGAAUCAUCAUAUAGUUAUCACAAGCAGUGGGAAAAACACAGCAAUCCUGAACCAACACAUUUUCCUACUGAAAGCCCUUAUUCAAAAUCAAGUGAAAUUUCUGAUGCUUCAAAAGGAUCUCAGAAAAGUAAUUACCAAUAUCGUGCAAGUGAUACAGAUUCUCGAGAUUCUAGCAGAUAUGCUUCAAAUGUGCAAUCAGCUAAAUCUAGUGAGUCAAGGCAUGAUUCUGACUACAACUCUCAAUAUCAUCAAAGCGCAUCAUCUAAUACUAAAUCAAAUGCAUACACUCAUAGUGGAUCGAAUCAUCUUGUUGAUGAUGCGGAACUUCUAAAAAAUAUUCAUACAAACUCAAGACCGAAGAGUUAUCAGUCUUCUUACUCAUAUCACAAAUCGUGGGAAAGACAGGGUGAUCCGUAUGUGAUACCUGUGCCUAAUAGUGGAACCGAUGGCCAAAUAUCCGAAAGACUUAGUGCUAUAUCUAGCCCUCGGGAAAGCCAUUCAUCACAUCAAUAUGGUUCUCAUCACAAAGAAGCUCAUCAAAGUUAUACUAGUGGUACGGCAUUGGAUUGCAACUGUGAGGAGGAUGAACAUAGUCGAGUAGCUCGAUCUUACAAUUCAAAUCCAGAACAAUUUUACUCAUAUCAGCAACAUAGAAAUGUCAAUGAUGAUCAAGAACAAGACUAUCAAAGCCAGCGGAAUAAUUUAGAAAAUCUUGGACAACAGGCACAGCGGAACAUUUGGGACCAAACAGAUAAUUUCGGACAACAAUCUCAAAAUGGAUGGAAUCAACUAGAAGAUCUCCGACAACAGUCUCAUAAUAAAUUUGAUAAAACAGAAGAUCUUGGUCAACAAGCUCAAAAUAGAUGGGAUAACAUAGAAGAUCUAGGCCAACAAACUCAAAACAGAUGGGAUAAAAUAGAAAACCUAGGCCAACAAGCUCAAAACAGAUGGGACAAAUUAGAAGAUCUUGGACAGCAAACUGAAAACAAAUGGGGCAAAAUAGAAGAUCUUGGACAGCAAACUGAAAAUAAAUGGGGUAAAAUAAAUGAUCAAGAACAACAACAAGCAUACCAACAUCAUAAUUUCGAACAAUUAGAACAACAUCAUCAAAGAAAUAUUGAUCAACCACAAGAGAUAUGGGAUAAACUGGAAAACAUUGGUGUACAUAAAGACAAAAAUAUUGAUAAUUUUGGGCAACUAAUUGAAAAUCAGCACAGUAUAGAAAUUCAUAAUAAUACUUCAGCAGAUAAUCCAAAAAAUACAUACGAACAAUUUCCAACAUAUUUUUCAGAAUCAAUUCCGCAAAACUUUAACCACUCUCCUCAAUUGAUGGAAAAUCACAAAAGUAAUGAAUAUCAGCCACAUACAAGUAUAUGGGAUAAGUUAGAUAGUUUUGAAAAAAAACAUAACGGGGAUAAAAUAGAAGAAACAUCAGUAAGUAACACCGAAAGAAAUACAGAAAAUUUUAAACAAAGUACAAGUAUUAAACCUAUUUGGGAAUUACUUCAGGAUAACUUAAGUAAUAUUUCAAGGGAUGCAGUCUUGGAUAAUAAAAGUAAUAAAAACGGAACAAACGCUUUUAGUUCAACCCAAGAUACAUUGCAAAUAAUAAAUGUUUUGAAUAAAUCCGAUACUUUUACACACAAUAUAAGACCAAAGAAUCAAAAGACACAAUUUAUAAUUACAAGCUCUACUACCAUGAAAACAAACCAAUAUCUUCUUGCAACACAAGCUAACGAUUCAGGACGUGGGGAUAUAGGAUCAGAAGAAUUAAUUGAUGCAGAAAUGACAACAACUGAAAAUAUAGAUGUUAUAAAUGAGACUCCAGAAUAUCCCGAAGAAAUUGAGAGUGUAACUACAGAAAAUAAUUCAAUAACUCAAAACACUUAUGAUGAAGCAUUAAAAUCAGAUAGAAAUUUAGACUAUCAAUUAAAUAGCAUAGAACUAAAACAAGAACUCGAACAAAAGGAACAUUUACAUACUAAUGAGAAUUUUAAUAACAAAUAUAAUGAACGACCUGAUAUUGGAAAAGAAAACAUAAACUUGUCUGAUCAAAAUAUAACUCAAAACAUCCGCACAGAUCAGCAAAAUAAAAAUAAGACUGAACAAAACAGACAACAAACUAACUACUUUAUUGAAAAAGAAAACACAAAGGUGCAAAAUAAUGUACAGGAAUUUAAUUUGCAACAGGAUAGUAUAAAUUUCAAUCAAGGAAACAUAGAACAACAAUUUGACUUUGGGCAACAUAGUGACAAAUUUAAUGAACAAAAUCUUGAACAGUUUGAUAUUGGGCAACAAAACGACAAUUUUGAUCAACAAAACACGAAUCAAGAAUUUGACUUUGGACAUCAUAAGGAGAAAUUCAAGCAAGAAAAUAUUGAUCAGUUUGAUGUUGGGCAACAAAAUGAUAACUUUGAUCAACAAAACAUAGACCAACAAUUUGACUUAGGACUUGAUAGAUGGAAAUUUAAUCAACAAAAUAUUGCACAAUUUGAUGUUGGACAAAAAAACGAGAACUUUGAUCAACAAAACAUAGAACAGCAAUUUGACUUUGGACAAGACAGAGGGAAAUCUGAACAACAUAAUAUUGAACAUAUUGAUGUUGGGCAACAAAAUGAAAAGUUUGCUCAACGAAAUAUAGAACAACAAUUUGACUUUGGACAGCAUAGUGGAAAAUUUAAUGAUGUAAAUAAUGAACAGUUCGAUGUUGAUCAACAAAAUGUGGAGCAAAUGUCUGAUUUUGAACAGCAAAAUGAAGCCCAUAUGGCACAACAAUUUGAUUUUGAAAAAGAAUACCUUAACCAGAGAAAUGGACACAAUUUACUACAAAACAACAUAUCCAAUCAACAAAAGAAAACUAUGUUUGAAUUUGAUCAGCAAAGUGAGCAAAACAUAGCACAACAAUUUGAAUCUGGAAAACACAUUGAGAAUCCACAAAAUUUAGAACAAACUAAUAUUGUACAACAAAGUGAGAAUUUAGAACCAAUAAUUACAUACACAGUAAACAAUAACCAUCAUUUGAAUCUACAAGGAAGAAACUCUGAUUAUAUAUAUAGUCAGCCCAUGAUUCAAGAAAAUUCAAGACAACAUGAAACACAGAUAGCUGAUAUUUAUAACCCUAAAUAUUACUCAUUGGAGACAUUAAAUAAUAAAGACAUAGAAAAACCAGCAUAUGUCGAAAACAUAACAAAUGUGAUGUCAUCUACUGUAGCUCCAACUACAGAGAAGACAGGAUUUUGGGCUUCAGUAGGCAGUAAAUUUACUAGAGCAAAAGAAAAAAUUGGAUCCUGGUUCAAAAGAAGUUAAUUAACUCUACAAUAUAUACUAAGUUUACAACACAUUAUUAGAUUUUUCAUUAUUUUAUUGUAAAAGUAGAAAAGACUUUUAUUGAUCUAUACAAAUUAUACAAUUAAUUAAAACUACACAUUUCAGUGGUAUGUAAACUGCACAAACAUAUAUUAAUACAAUAAAGUACUUACAUCAGAUAAUGUUAAGUAGUAUUUAAUGAAUGCUUGUUGUUGGAUUGAAUCUGAAAGUAGAAAUAAGAUAUUGCAAUUAUACUAAUUAUGUGACAAAAGUUAUAAUAAAUGAUAAAUGACAUUGUCCUAGUCAUAUUCUUGAAUAUUUGUAAAUUGCAUGAAAUAAAAAGGUGUUAUUAAAAAGUGAACAAUAAAAUAUAUUUUUUUAAAUAAAUGGAACAUG